CUUACGCUAUUAUGAAACAAUAUAUUUUUACAUUACUAAAAAAAGCGAGUUAGAUUAGGGCUUAUAAACAAAUACUACAGAACAUGUCAUUUAGGCCCAUGUUGAUAAGAUAUCUAUUAACGAAACGGGUAGCGCAAGAAAUUAGGGUGAAAGUGAUAAAACAAAAACCCUAGAUCUAUUCAUAGUUAUUUCACCGCCGAUUCUGACGAUUGGAUAAGAAAUGGUGUCGAUCAAUUUCCACUCACGCUUUCGUUCAAGGAGAAAGUGUCGUCGCACUGGUUACGGUAAGGUUAUGAUGGAGACUUUGCGGCGAAAAAUGAAACUUUUGAUGAGAAGGCUGAAAAUGUUAAAACGCUUGCUAAAAAAGUUCUGUUGGAACAAGAAUAUUGACAAGCACGUGUACCAAGAUAUGUUGAUGAAGGUGAAAGGAAAUGUUUACAAGACCAAGAGUGUUCUUAUGAAAAGCAUACACAAGUCUAGCAGGGAGAGAAAGUUUGCCAGAAGCGAGAAGCGUUUGACUCAGGUGCCUGAAGGAGAGAAGGCUGCACCAGCACCUCAACAAGAAGAGUAAGAAACCCAUCUUAAUUAUUCCCACUUUGUGUGGUGCUUGUUUCUUGGUCUACGAUUAAGCAAAGAAGAUGAGCUUACCUAAAAAAUGUUAAAUAUCUCGAUAUCUUGGUGUUGCGGGGAUUCUUGCUACACAUUGUGAACUCAAAAGAAACCGCAUUGUGUUCCUCUACUUGAUUCAUCCAAUCAUUUUCACCAGCUUUAUAAGCCGUUGAAGAGAGAAAUAUAUAUCAGAUUCAUUGGUCUUCUUUCUUUUCUCGGCUUUAAGGGAACCAAGAAAAAGGUGUUGUGAACUUGAGGUUGAAAAUUUUGAGUUUCCUUGUAGAAGCAAAGUUUUCCAUUAUCUUUAAAGAUCCGUCCAAGAUUCCUUUAUAACGUUUCUGGAUCUGAAUUUACUUCGUUUUGCGCCC